UCGGUCGUUUUGCAUUUUUUGCUCUAAUGGUCUUGCAGUGCUUUUUCUUGGCUCAAUAUCCAGCGUACUACGAAGAUAAUGGCGACUGGUACACAGCUUCGAUAUUUUACAUCCCCGCUGCGGCGAUUUGGUGGUUUAUCAACAGCAAUAAUGGAGAACUUUCCCAAGUGCUUUUAUUCUGGGUUGUGUAUGUUUGGUUGGGAAUUGUACCCAUGGUCGGCAUUGUUUUCGGCCGUAUCAGUGGCAAAAUCGAAAGUGGAGGAUUCUGGAAUGCCAGCACUUUAAUAAUGACUCUUUGCAUAACGCCAUUUCUACUCUUGCUAACACUGCACACAAGGAUAGCAUCAAGUCAGCCGAUUGUUCAUGCGAAUCGUGUCUGCGAAUGGACAGCGAAGGUCACCAUAAAUGCUUUUGGUGGAAUCGAACUACUUGGUGUCCUGUUAGAAGAAGGCCAGUACAACCAGGAGAUUUCGAAAGAUUUCAAAAAUGCAAUUAUUACCUUUACUUGUCUGAGUUUCAUGUGGUGGCCUUUGGGAACGUUGUUAGACCGCGACGCCGAAAAAGUGGGUUUUGAUUUUAUCAGGGAGCGCGACAGAACACUUUAUUUAUUAAGUUGUGGUAUCCAAGUACUCCUUGACCUGAUAUUCUUUGGACUCCGUUUGGGAUUAUUCCAAGGAUACGGCAGAAGUGUGUCCGUUUUCAUGAGCAAAAAUAUUAUUUUUGUAAUCGUUUACUCGAGGCGUAUUUUUAGCUGCUUCUGCAGACUGGACGACGACUCAAAUUCCACCGCGGAUGAGCAGCACGGGGAGCGAAGGGGGCCUUCGACAUCUACACAAGUACAUGUAGGUGCCAAUUCGUCGAACCCUUUCCCUCUCAGCAGUUUUCCAAACGACUCAGAAGAAGGUUCUGCUCCACCGCCGUACACAGCAAAUGAGCAACAAGGACAAACCAUAGAAUCUUCCACAUUCAUUUCCCCGGUUGCCAGAGAAUAUAUGGGACCGCGAAUUAUUAAUGUUCUCGGAUUUAACCCGAUUGAAGAUCGUGUCCCUUCUGCUCCACCUCCACCAUAUGAGGCAUGACCAAGUACAAACUGCCCACAGAAGCUUGUAAUUUCCAAUUUUUCAAAAACCACUUCGCUUUCAGUAUUUUUUAGUGAGAGGGUGCUAAUAAGACUUAUAGUAGUCACAAUUUGCAGGUGACUUUUCAGAAUAUAUAGAAAGCCUAACUAUAGGCCUAGUUAUUGUGAUGGUUGUACCAGUUCGACAUCAUGACAUAGUUAUGUAAUGUAUUGAGAUUUAAUGGCUUCAAAGUCAUGUUAAGCUAAUCCUGAUUUUGACUAGAGUGGCUCUUAUGUUGGGACUGUUAGAAUAAACUGUUAUUUUGAUUGGAACCAUCAAAAAUUGGAGCUCAUAGAUUCCUUGGAUGGUAACUUCAGUUAAUCGUGUUAUUUUACAACAAUAAUUAUUGCAUAUAGCAAUAUCACUGUACUAAAAUGAUAUAUAAGUGACGAGUCUGAAUUCAGAUUAUACCACAUUAUUAGAAUAAAACCUUUUUUAAGAGGCCAUUCAGUUGAAAGCUCCGAAGUUACUCUCAUUUAUUAUUCGAUCAAUAAAACCCUUGCAAGCUUUAAAUUACGACUUA